AUGAACUCAGUGGCGGUCACGAUCGCGAACCAGCAGCAUCCGAAUACCGAAGCGGCCAGAACGAGGACGACCGCUACCACAGCAACCGGCAGCACCAGAAAGCAGCCACCAGCAGUUUCAGACGAUGAUCAAAUACAUGAUAGCAUUUACAACAUUCGGUCACAGACGAGCCCGCUACAGAGCUCAAUCCGCAAGACUGCCUCCAUAGACCAGCCCGAUGAGGAUCCCGGGUUGCGAAAGCCGGGAGAUUAUAGGCAAAAGCAGGUGUUCAAAGGUCGAAAGCUCCUUUGGCUCGCCUACCAGUCAAUCGGCGUUAUCUAUGGUGAUAUCGGCACCAGUCCGCUCUAUGUUUACUCGUCGACCUUUACCGAGCCACCCACACGUCAAGAUCUUAUCGGAGUGCUUUCGAUCAUCAUCUGGACUCUAUUUAUGAUGGUGACGGUUAAAUACGUGCUGAUCAUUCUUCAUGCGGACAAUGAUGGUGAAGGAGGUACUUUCAGUACCUAUUCAUUACUCGGUCGCUAUAUGAAUAUCACGAACCGUGAUCCGAGAGAGGCCUCCAUGAUACAGAUGAAAAGGUAUCAGACUGGCGAUCUCGAGGUUGCGGGCCAGCAUGUUCGCCACACCCUAGAGUCGAGCCGGGUUGCCAAAACAAUCCUACAGGUGAUGGGGGUUCUUGCAGUCACUAUGGUGAUCUCCGACGGACUUUUGACCCCUGCACAAUCAGUACUAGGGGCUGUACAAGGCAUCGAAGUCGUACGACCCAAUAUCUCAAGGGCCUCGAUCAUCGGGGUAACAGACGGCAUUCUAGUAGUCCUCUUCUGCAUCCAGCCCCUUGGCAUCUCCAAGAUCACCUACGCCUUCUCACCCAUUAUUCUCAUUUGGCUUGCAUUCAAUGCAGUGUUCGGCAUCUAUAACCUCGCAAAAUACGAUGCGGGCGUUUUCGCAGCUUUCAAUCCAGGAUACGGCUUUGAGUUUCUGAUUCGUCAUGGGCAAGAAGGCUGGAAAAUGCUGGGCGGGGUGUUGCUUUGCUUCACCGGAGUAGAGGCCUUAUUUGCCGAUCUCGGGGCAUUCAGUCGCACAGCGAUUCAGUUAAGCUGGUUGGGGUAUACCUUUCCAUGCCUGCUUCUGGCGUACAUUGGACAGGCGGCCUAUAUCAGUGUUCAUCCAGACGCAUACUCAAACCCUUUUUUUCAUGCGGCACCUCCAGGAACAGUAUAUCCUGCUUUGAUAAUUGCAAUCCUGGCAGCUGUAGUCGCCUCGCAAGCUAUCAUAACUGCGACAUUCCAGCUUCUUACCCAGGUGAUGAAACUCUCCUAUGUUCCGCAGAUCAAAGUAAUUCAUACUUCCAAAAUUUUCCAUGGGCAGCUUUUUGUGCCCGUCGCAAACUGGCUGCUGAUGAUCGGAACGAUCCUCAUCGCUUCCAUUUAUAAAAAUACUACAUCUCUUGGAAACGCAUAUGGAGUGUGCGUCAUGUUCGUGACCUUUUUCGACACAUGCAUGGUGGCUCUGGCAGCUAUGUUUGUAUGGCGUCUUAACCCAUUCAUCGUCUUCCUGCCCUGGUUAAUUAUCGCAUGUCUUGACGGUACCUAUCUCUCCUCCGCCCUCACCAAAGUCCCCGCUGGUGCGUGGUUCACCCUCACUCUCUCAGCCAUUCUGGCCUCCCUUUUUUUCCUUUGGAGAUUCGGAAAAGAACAACAGUGGGCUGCUGAGGCUGAAGACCGAUUUCCCACCUCGCAUUUCAUCCAGUACAACAAAGAAGGUCAAUUACGCCUAAGUCACCGGUAUGAGGGAACUAUUAUCAGCACGACCAGGGGAUUGGGAGUCUUCUUCGACAAAGCAGGCGAAACAACACCGAUUGUCUUUAGCCAGUUUGUUCUCAAGCUUACCGCCAUCCCUGAGGUGUCGAUAUUCUUCCACUUGCGGCCUUUGGAAACACCAUCGGUAUCGUACAAUAAUAGAUAUAGCGUGUCCCGCCUGGCGAUCCCAAACUGCUAUAGGCUUGUUGUUCGCUAUGGAUAUAAUGAUGUGAUCAUCACGCCAGAUCUUGCAUCGGUGAUUAUGGAGCAGGUGCGUCGUUACCUAACAGAUGAUCUGCAGUCCCUCCAGGCAAAGCAGUGUACCACUGCUAGCUCCUCAAAUAAUGUAUCGGCGGUCAAUGCUCAGACGCAAUUCCCUGAGACGGAUGAAACGCGAAGUGGUGAAUACCAAGAUGUUCAACUCCGAAGUCGCGAACUGGAACUACUAAAAUUUGCAUUUGAGCAUAGGGUGUUGUAUAUCAUGGGCAAGGAACAGAUGGUAACAAAAAGUGGUACCAAUAUUUUCAGGAAGGUACUCUUGAGUGCUUUCCUGUGGAUUAGAGAGAAUACUCGAAAUAAGAUGGCUAAUCUGCGGGUACCGGCGGAUCAGGUUAUUGAAAUUGGGUUUUUGAAAGAAGUCUGA